UACUCUCUUUGCGUUUUUGCGUUACUCACCAAACGAAACGAAACUCUUCACUUGGAGAAGAAACUCCUUUCCAUAUCGGACAGUACACGCCGCGGAUAAAAUCUACGCCUCUCUCUCUCUGUAAACUACAACGACGCCGCCUCAUCUGCUCCAUGUAGGUUUUAUCUCUCUCUCUCGCAGUCUCAGGUUCACUUAGGCUUUUACCCUAGAGAUAGAAGUUGUUUAAUUGAAUAUGGGAGAUAGUGAGAUGAUAGUUGCUGAGACAUCUACGGUCACGGAGUAUGCAUCCACUGGAUAUACUACUACUGCUGGUUAUGGUGGUGAUACUGCCUCGAAUGUUGUUCCUGAUUCUAGCGUUUAUUCCACUGAGGGUACUGGAGGUUUUUCUUCUUCUGCUGAUGCAGCUUAUACUAUGCCUGCAUAUGCAGAUCCUAGUUCUGCUGUACAAGGGAUUCAUGCCAAUGCGGCAUAUGAGACUAAGCCAGAUAUUGGAAUGGGCACUACUAGUGAGAAUGCAGCUGCUACUCAGGCACCACCUCUAGCUGCUGGUUACAAUUCUUCUAUAAAUGGCAAUAUUGGUAUUGAAGCAGGAAUUACAUCAGCUGAGAAUGGUAUUGCUGCAGAUAUGGGUGGGGAAGGUGCUGCUGCUGGACAACAGUUUGCAGAUGGCUCAGUGACACCAAUGUCAGGUGAAGAAGAGCGAUUGUGGAGUAUUGUGAAGGCUAAUUCCUUGGACUUUGAUGCAUGGACUGCCUUGAUUGAUGAGACAGAGAAGGUGGCAGGGGACAAGAUAUUGAAAAUUCGAAAAGUAUAUGACGCUUUUUUAGCUGAAUUCCCAUUGUGUUAUGGUUAUUGGAAGAAAUAUGCAGAUCAUGAGGCACGCACUGGUUAUAUGGACAAAAUUGUGGAGGUAUAUGAACGAGCUGUUCUAGGGGUGACAUAUUCAGUGGACAUGUGGUUGCAUUAUUGCAUUUUCACCAUAAACACAUAUGAAGAUCCAGACACUAUUAGAAGGCUUUUUGAGCGAGGAUUAGCUUAUGUUGGAACAGAUUAUCUGUCAUACCCCCUGUGGGACAAGUACAUUGAAUAUGAAGAAAUGCAUGCAGAAUGGAGCCGUGUUGCCAUGAUUUACACAAGGAUAUUAGAGAUUCCAAAUAAACGGUUGGAUGAUUUUUUCAAUAGGUUUAAGGCUUUUGCUGCAAGCCAUGCUUUGUCAGAAUUAAGGACUGCUGAGGAAGCUGCUGCUGCUACGGUACUCCCUGUUUCUUCAGUGGGUGGUGACCAAGCAAAUGAGGGCGAAGUUCAUCCUGAUGCUGCUGAACAGUCUUCCAAACCUGCAAGUGCUGGCUUAACAGAAGCAGAGGAGCUGGAGAAGUAUAUCGCUGUUAGAGAAGAGAUAUAUAAGAAAGCUAAAGAGUUUGAUUCUAAGAUAUGUGAUUUUGAAACUGGUAUUAGGAGGCCUUACUUUCAUGUGCGGCCCCUUAAUGUUGCAGAGCUUGAAAAUUGGCAUAAUUAUCUGGAUUUUUUAGAAAGAGAAGAUGAUUUGAACAAGGUGGUCAAGUUAUUUGAAAGAUGCCUAAUUGCUUGCGCCAACUAUCCCGAGUAUUGGAUACGAUAUACCUUGUGCAUGGAAGCCUCUGGGAGUAUGGAUCUUGCUAGCAAUGCACUUGCUCGUGCAACUCAAGUUUUUGUCAAGAGGCGACCAGAGAUUCACCUUUUUGCAGCUCGAUUUAGAGAGCAGAAUGGAGAUGUACCUGGUGCCCGAGCUGCAUACCAACUUGUACACACUGAAAUUGCACCUGGUCUUUUUGAAGCAGUUGUCAAGCAUGCAAACAUGGAACAUAGGCUGGGAAACCUCAAAGAUGCCUGCUCUUUAUAUGAACAAGCCAUAGCUAUAGAAAAAGGGAAAGAGCAUUCACAGGUGUUGCCAAUGCUAUAUGCACAAUACACCCGGUUUCUAUAUUUGGUUUCUGGCAAUAUAGACAAAGCUAGGGAAAUUCUAGUUGAAGCCCUUGAGAAUGUCCAAUUAUCAAAACCGCUUCUUGAGGCUUUUAUACAUAUUGAGUCGAUUCAGUCACUACCGAAGCGAAUUGAUUAUUUAGAUUCAUUAGUUGAUAAGUUUGUAAUGCCCAACUCAGACAGCCUCAGUGCUGCAAGUGCUACUGAUAGAGAGGAGCUAUCUUGCAUUUUCUUGGAGUUUUUGGGUAUGUUUGGAGAUGCACAAUCUAUUAAGAAGGCUGAUGAUCGGCAUGCCAAGCUCUUCCUACCUCACAGGAGCAAGUCAGAGUUCAAAAAGCGCCAUGCAGAUGAUUAUCUAACUUCAGAUAAGUCAAAAAUAGCAAAACCUUACGGUGAUGCUCCUUCACCUGUGCAGUCUCUUAUGGGUGCUUAUCCAAGCACACAAAAUCAGUGGGCAGCUGGUUAUGGUGUACAACCUCAAGCUUGGCCGCCAGCUACACAGGCACAGAUGCAACAAUGGACUCCUGGCUAUGGUCAGCAGGCAGCAUACAGUACAUAUGGCAGUUAUGCAAGCAGCUAUACUACUCCACAGGCACCUACUUCUGCUGCACAAACAGCUACUUACGGUGCUUAUCCUCCAACAUAUCCUGCCCAGCAGACUUUUCCCCAACAAAGUUAUGCACAACCGGCUGCUACAGCCACAAUGGCCCCAGCUCAGCAGGCGGCUUCUGUUUCACAGCCCUAUUAUGGGAGUUACUACUAAGCUGGCAGGACUUUGCCCUGUUGUUUUUCCUCGAGGAUUUCCAUGCUAAACGUUCCUGUGACUUGGCAAUUUUUUUUAAGAACAUGGGGCAGUGUAGCUGAGAUGCAGUAAGGGGGAGAAGUUGAGAGAAGUUUUUUAUCUUUUCAGGUGCUACAGUAGCAUUGUAGUUAGUAUAUCAUGUAUCCUUUGCCAUUUCCAGGUAUUUUUUCGUGAGGAUAGUUCUUUAUUUUUUUAUUUUUAAUUAGUUUUCACAGUUUUUGGUAGGUAGAGCUCAAAAACUGGAAAAAAUAGAAGCUUGGAAUGUGGUAAAAGUUAAUUGUUUACUAAUCAAGUCAUUCAGUUGCCUUUUA